GCCCAGGGGAGCCGGACCCCACUGCCCAACCCCCGGAGAAGGUGAGGGCGGGCCUCCUCCCCCGCCCUCCCUGGCCUGCUGGCUGAGCUCCCACCAGCCAGCCACCGCCGCAUCAUCAAUAUUUCAUGGGCGUCAAUAAGAGGCAGCGGCAGCAGCGGGGACAGCGGCUGCAGCAGCGUUCUUGCCAGCUCUAGCCAUAGCUCACUGGAAGAGUCAGGCUCCUGGCACUGCCCACCACCAUGGACGUCUUCAAGAAGGGCUUCUCCAUUGCCAAGGAGGGUGUGGUGGGCGCUGUGGAGAAGACCAAGCAAGGGGUGACAGAAGCAGCUGAGAAGACCAAGGAGGGGGUCAUGUAUGUGGGAGCCAAGACCAAGGAGAAUGUUGUGCAGAGUGUGACCUCAGUGGCUGAGAAGACCAAGGAGCAGGCCAAUGCUGUGAGUGAGGCCGUGGUCACCAGCGUCAACACAGUGGCCAUCAAGACGGUGGAGGAGGCGGAGAACAUCGCCAUCACCUCCGGAGUGAUUCGAAAGGAGGACCUGGAGCAACCAGCUCCCUCACAGGAGGACAAGGCAGCCAAAGCGGAAGAGGAAGUGGCUGAGGAGGUCAAGAGUGGAGGAGACUAGAGGGAUGCAAGUCAGCCAUGAAGGAGGAAGAGCCCUCUGCCUUGGACCCCACCGGGCAUGAGGACUGCCCAGCCCUGGAGCGUGACCUGGGUUGCCCAUGUUCCCACACCUGACCACCCACAGGGCCUGUCCUCCUACACUGCCUUCACCUCCCUCACCUCCCUCAAUCAGUCGCUUUGCCCCCUGGUCCUUCUGACCCCACAGAUGCUGCUGUGAAUUUUUGUUUUUAAUGAUUCCAAAUAAAACUCAAGUCCUCAUUCCUGACCAUAA